AUGUUGGUAAAGAUAUUCUUGUAUGGUGCGCUGGCCCUUACCAGAGCUGUAAGGGCUCAAGACCUCCCAAAGUUAAGACUGCCAUGGGGCACAUGGGAAGCCCAACAAUACGAGCCAGAUCCAAAUAUUUACCUCUUUAAAAACGUGCGAUUCGGAGCCCAACCUCGUCGCUUCUCCGCCCCGUCAUCUCCAGACUGGGAGGACGAUGCGUUGCAGAGAGAAAACCGGAGCAUCACUUGCAAUCAGAUCAAGAUUAAGAAACUAGAACACCCUCCUGGGGGCAGAAACCCGCUGGCGGCUCCCGAUGAAACGACUCAUGUGGAGACUGAGGAUUGUCUUUUGCUUGACAUCUAUGUUCCAGUAAAGGCUUUCCUCCCCGAUGCUGAGCCAUUGCCCGUCAUCAUCUGGGUCUAUGGAGGCGGUUUCGCCUUUGGCAGCAAGGAGCAAGGCGGCGUAUUAUAUACUGGCCGGUCGAUGCUGAGUGCGUCCAACUACACCGCCAUCUUUGUUGCAGGUAACUAUCGCCUCGGAGCGUACGGAUGGCUCGCAGGCAAUUACAUGCAAGAUGCUGGCACGCCGAAUGCUGGAUUACACGACCAAGCUCUGCUAUUCGAGUGGGUACGUGACCAUAUACACAAGGUCAAGGGUAACAAAGACAAAGUCGGUGCGUGGGGUCUGUCUGCAGGUGGAAGCUCCAUUCUGCAUCAUCUUGUUCGAGAAGACGGCGCCCAUGAUCCUCUAUUCCGCUCCUUUGCUGCUUUCAGUCCCGGCUUUGAGUGGGCCUGGGAUAAUACCGACGAUGGCAAGCUGGACACCAUGUACAGGACUUUCUCUGACCUUGCAGACUGCGGCUUCGAUUAUGACAUUGAAUGUCUUAGGAGAGCGCCUCCAGAGGCGUUGGCAGAGGCGAACCAGAAGCUCUUUGAACAAGUCAUAGAAAGAGGGUUAUUCCCAGUCGGUCCCGCCGUCGAUGGAAAAUGGAUCAAGACGAUGCCUUCGCUGGCGCUUGGCCAAGGCUCGUACUGGAAAGGUAUUGACUCGGCCAUUGUUUCCCAUGUCAUGAACGAAUCUGGACCUUUUGUUCCCAAAGAAGUUGUAGACCGGGAAUCUUUUGACAGGUACUUGGCCGAGUUUCUCCCUGGAGAAGCACUGGAACCUCAGAGAUCUCGAAUCAAAGGGGAAUACGACUGCGAGGCUAGAUUCAAUGGGGACUUCAGAGCUUGCGCUGGCGCCAUUAUAGAGCACCUCGUCAUCACAUGCAACACCCGAUACUUGGCUGACGCAUACCCUGGCAAGACUUAUGCCAUGCAAUAUGCAUUCCCGCUUGACGAGGUUGCAUCCCAUGGAGCUGAUUUGAUCCCACUCUUUACCAACGAUUUUGAAGAGGCAAAAAGCUUCCUGCUCGCGCUGGAUUUGCCAGGGAUGACAGAGGAGAUGGCAGCACUCUACGCCGGGUGGCUAACGAAUGCGGUAACUUCGACAUAUCAGGGAUACUAUGCGUCAUUUGGUGUGUCGGGAGACCCAAAUACGCUCCUCGAAUCUCCUCCAUUGGAGUGGUCGCCCGUGGAUGGCAGCGACGAUGCGCUCUCGCGCGUUCUAAGGGUACAGCUAGGAGGGACACCAGAGGAUUCGUUUCAUCAUGUCAGCGAUGAGCGUAACACGAAGAAAAUCUGCUCAUUUUGGAAGGAAAUAGCCGAGUCUAUUGCUGCGAGUGCUGGCGACCAGACAAGAGGAGAGCUAUAA